AUGGCUAUGUCAAUAAUACCUUCAUUCCUAAUGGCACUUGCAUCAAAUAAUUUCGACUUUUCCCUCAAAUGGAUAAUACCUCCGUACAAAGCAAUGCCGAGACUUGUUCUUUCCGCUAUUUUAUACGGUGGCUACAUGUUAAGUGGCAACUAUGGGUUCUACGUUUCAGAUUUAGAUUUUGCAGUACUAUUCAGACUCUCUGUUAUUAUCUCUAGUAGCCUUUGCGGUUUGAUUUUUUUGGGAGAAAGUUUAUCAUUUGCGAGUACAUUAUGUAUUAUAUUAGUAUUAGCAGGUCUAGUUUGUCUUACAUCGAAUUUCCAAUGGUCUACAGCUAAAAUGCCAUCAAUAAAUCAAUUAAUCGUACAAAUCAUCGCAGUUUUUACUUCUUCGUUUACUUCGGUUAUGCUGAAGCUUACUAUGAAGACAAUAGACGAACUUGGUUACAAAACUGAUCAGAUGACUCUUCUAUUUUGGAGAUAUGUUCUUGGAUGCUUCCCAGUUCUCUUUGCAAGCGUUGUUAUCGAGCCAAACACCGUUAGUAAUUUUCUUCUUGUUACAGAUAAGGAAUUCAUCAUAUGGACAAUCAUCGGAGUCCUUCUUUCCGGAGUUUAUCAAAUUUUGAACAACGUUCUUCAUAAAUGGACAGCUUUGGUCACUUUGACAAUUGUUGCUCAAAUGAAGUUCUUGCCAACCCUCGCAAUCUCCCAUUUCCUUUAUAGUGAAACUCGUUGGACAACUCAACAAAUCGUUGGAGCCUCGCUUCUUAUAGUUGGCGGAGUAGUGUACUCUCUUACAAGAAUGGACUGUAAUAAUAAUGAACAGUCUAAUGACGCUGAAAAGAAAGAAUCUGUUUAA